AGUGCGAGGAGCUGCGCCGAGCGUGGGGGCCAGGCGCGGCUCGGCGGGUGCGUGCGCGGUGCCAGCAUGGGCACGGCCAUGGGACAGCGCUCCGCUGCAAGGACCCGGGGUCUCAGCUGUCGUGGCAUCUGCUACCUGGGCAUCACUGCCGUUACAUGGGGCCUCAUCGCGCAGCUCGAGGUGGGAGCCUGGCAGUACAAUUACACUGAACAGAAGGACUACACAUGGGAGCAGGCGAGGAACUUCUGCCAGACCUACUUCACGGACCUCGUGGCCAUCCAGAACAAGAACGAAAUCAAGUACCUCAACCAAUGGCUGCCCUUCCACUCACGAUACUACUGGAUCGGCAUUCGCAAGCUGAAUGGCACCUGGACCUGGGUGGGCACCAGGAAGGCCCUGACAAAGGAGGCGGAGAACUGGGCUGAGAAGGAGCCCAACAACAAGGGCUCCAACCAGGACUGCGUGGAGAUCUACAUCAAGAGACAGCGCGAGUCGGGGAAGUGGAACGACGAGCCCUGCAGCAAGAGGAAACGGGCGUUGUGCUACCAGGCCUCCUGCCAGCCCUUGCCCUGCAGCCAGCGUGGUGAGUGCGUGGAGACCAUCGGGAACUACAGCUGCGAGUGCCAGCCCGGCUUCCAUGGCCGUGACUGCGAGAACGUCGUUGCAUGCCCUGUGCUCAGUGCUCCAGACUGGGGAGAGCUCAGCUGCUCCCACCUCCACGGCAACUUCAGCUUUGGCUCCACGUGCACCUUCUCCUGCCAGACGGGCUUUGUGCUGACGGGGACACGGAGCCGCCAGUGCACGGCCACGGGGGACUGGACUGGGCAACCCCCGCAAUGCGAAGCCAUCAAAUGCCCCGCGCUGGCCGCCCCUGCCAUGGGCCACGCAGCCUGCUCCCACCUCCACGGCAACUUCAGCUUCGGCUCCGCGUGCACCUUCUCCUGCCAGACAGGCUUUGUGCUGACGGGGACACGGAGCCGCCAGUGCACGGCCACGGGGGACUGGACUGGGCAACCCCCGCAAUGCGAAGCCGUCGCAUGCCCCGUGCUCAGUGCUCCAGACUGGGGAGAGCUCAGCUGCUCCCACCUCCACGGCAACUUCAGCUUUGGCUCCAUGUGCACCUUCUCCUGCCAGACGGGCUUUGUGCUGACGGGGACACAGAGCCGCCAGUGCACGGCCACGGGGGACUGGACUGGGCAACCCCCGCAAUGCGAAGCCGUCGCAUGCCCCGUGCUCAGUGCUCCAGACUGGGGAGAGCUCAGCUGCUCCCACCUCCACGGCAACUUCAGCUUUGGCUCCAUGUGCACCUUCUCCUGCCAGACGGGCUUUGUGCUGACGGGGACACAGAGCCGCCAGUGCACGGCCACGGGGGACUGGACUGGGCAACCCCCGCAAUGCGAAGCCAUCAAAUGCCCCGCGCUGGCCGCCCCUGCCAUGGGCCACGCAGCCUGCUCCCACCUCCACGGCAACUUCAGCUUCAGCUCCGCGUGCACCUUCUCCUGCCAGACGGGCUUUGUGCUGACGGGGACACAGAGCCGCCAGUGCACGGCCACAGGGGACUGGACUGGGCAACCCCCGCAAUGCGAAGCCGUCGCAUGCCCCGUGCUCAGUGCUCCAGACUGGGGAGAGCUCAGCUGCUCCCACCUCCACGGCAACUUCAGCUUUGGCUCCAUGUGCACCUUCUCCUGCCAGACGGGCUUUGUGCUGACGGGGACACAGAGCCGCCAGUGCACGGCCACGGGGGACUGGACUGGGCAACCCCCGCAAUGUGAAGCCGUCAGCUGCCCGGUGCUAGAUGCUCCCAGCAGAGGCCAGAUAAACUGCUCUCACUUUCACGGGAACUUCACGUACAACUCCACGUGUGCCUUCUCCUGCGAGGCGGGAUUUGUUCGGAUGGGAGCUGAGGCGCUCUGGUGUGCGGCCACAGGGAACUGGACCCACCAUCCCCCAGCCUGUGCAGAGGAUGCUGCCUCCUUCUUCAAGCAAGUGCUGGUUUACAGCAGCAGCACUGCUCUGGUGGCAACAGGCAUCGUGCUCUCUGGGGCGCUCAUCAUCCUCCUAGUCAAGCGGCUCAGUGACAAAGCACAGGAGAAGAAGAAGCUCCUGAGUCCCACCAGUGACUUGGGAUCACCGGGCAUCUUCACCAAUGCAGCCUAUGACUCCAACUUGUAAGAGCACUGGGACGUGCCCCAGGCAGGGAUGUCCCCCUGAAGCGAAAGGACUUGGCGGUACUUCACGCCUCCACCCUCGCAGAAGCUCGCUCCCGCCGGGCAGAGCAGCCACCACCCGGACUCAAAACUGCAGCCCCGGCCGGCCGAGGCUGCCCGACGCCGCACGCCCCCCUCCCGCUCCACACCUGCGGCAGCACCCACGGGGAGUGGGGCCGCCCACGAGGCCGCGUGAAGACGGGCGGCGUGGACGCGGGGAGCCCCCGACGUGCGACACCCGGGGCCACGGGGGCCGCGCUGUACGUGAUGCCCCUCAUGCCCCGCUUCACAGCGCCCCCUCCUUCUCUUUAACAUGCAAA